GCACCCAGCUAGUAGGCACUGUAAAUCAGUUUCUGAGAGCGUUGAAAGACAUCUGGGGUGUUUGGGGGUAUUUCCACCUACUUGUCCCAGGUUGGAGAGAGGAGCAGCAGCAGCGGGGAGCUGGCACAUGAGCCUGCUGUUGCCGGGUCACUCCUGGUGUCACUCCUGUUGCGGUACAUAGAGCCCUCUUACUUCUGCCGAGCAGUACCACGGUGCCAGUUCCCGUUUGGAGAAACGGGGGGAAGUUGCGCAGCGUUUUGCCACGCAGGAGUGUUGUGGUCCAGGCAGAAACUGAAGGGUAUGCUAUGACUGGCUUCAGACUCCCCAUCACCACUUUCAGAAAACUAAAUGUCUGGUUCGGACUGUGGGAGAAAUUUCCCUCAAAUGAACUGUAUCCCGCUUGGAGGAGAACCAUAGUCUGUAGCUGUCAAGCAAGCACAGUAAACUACAGAAGAUGUUUCAGUUUUUCCCCAGUCAAGCUCAGUGCGCUAAGACUCUCUCCAGAGUAUAUAUCAGUACUUUCUCUGCGGAACAAAAGCAGCAAAAGCUCUAAAAGGAGCAGACAAAGUGUACAAGAAGAGGAGAAGGAAGAAGAGGAUGAAGAUGAAAGUAAUUUGGAAGAUGAAUUUGAAAAUGACCCCAAUGCAGUAAAAGAUUACAAGGAUCUUGAAAAAGUAGUGCAGUCUCUUCGAUAUGAUGUGAUCUUGAAAGCUGGUUUAGACAUGGCAAGAAAUAAAGUAGAAGAUGCAUUCUACAAUCAUGAACUCAGGCUGAAUGGAGAAAAACUAUGGAAGAAAAGUAGAACUGUGAAACUUGGUGACACACUGGAUCUCAUAAUAGGUGAAGAUAAAGAAACAGGAACUGCUGUAGUUAUGCGGGUAGUCUUAAAAAAAUUAUCUGACAAAACUGAAAGUGAAAAAUACAAAGUCAUUUUGAGACGUUGGAAAAACUUAAAAGUGCCCAAACAGGAUGUACUUAAAUAACAAGGGGUUAUGCAUGUGGCAGCAUAAGAUUUUUGCAGAAAAACAUAUUUUUUGUUAAAUAUGAAUUUUGGUUAAACAAAAUUACAGUACCCUUUUUUAAGGGCUUGUGUCAGAAUGUUAUCUCCCUCUGCUGCGUACAUCAAUAAUCAUGCAAUAAAGCCUGUCACUUCUUGCUGUUAGCUUUGUUUUGUGGUACUGUAGGUUAAAAGAUCCAACACUUAUAUUUCCAGGAAGUUUCUUAUAAAUAAUGAACCAAUAAAGACUAAUUUGAUCACUA